CAGACCACUUGUAUCUUGCAGAGAUAUGGCUUGCAGCGUGGCCGGGAUAACGUCGGACGCCAACGUGCUCACCAACGAACUGCGGUUGAUUGCACAAAGAUAUCUGUUGCAGUAUCAGGAGCCAAUUCCUUGCGAGCAGUUAGUAACAGCCCUGUGUGAUAUCAAACAAGCUUAUACACAGUUUGGAGGAAAACGUCCUUUUGGUGUUUCGCUGCUUUACAUUGGCUGGGAUAAGCAUUAUGGUUUCCAGCUGUAUCAGAGUGAUCCUAGCGGGAAUUAUGGGGGUUGGAAAGCCACGUGCAUCGGAAACAAUAGUGCUGCAGCUGUAUCAAUGCUAAAACAAGACUACAAAGAGGGAGAAAUGACCUUGAAGUCUGCACUGGCUUUAGCUAUCAAAGUCUUGAACAAAACCAUGGAUGUUAGUAAACUGUCAGCAGAGAAAGUUGAAAUUGCAACCCUGACACGAGAGAAUGGAAAGACGAUAAUAAGAGUUUUGAAGCAAAAAGAAGUGGAAGUAUUGAUAAAGAAACACGAAGAAGAAGAAGCAAAAGCAGAGCGUGAAAAGAAAGAGAAAGAGCAGAAAGAAAAAGAUAAAUAAAUCAAGCACCUUGAAGAAGGGGCUGUUUCAAUAAACUGGCCCAGAUCUUGGAGGGCUGUUUAUUGAAUCUGUUCCUUGAUAUCACUGAAACACAUCACCUCUUUCCUCAGUGAAGAGAAAUCUAUUUGUCAUUGCAUCUUUCUUUUAUAUUACAUAAUAAAAAAAGUGAAUGGUACUGUUGAA